UACAAUUUAAUUUAAAACUUCCCCAUUCCGAUUCCAUCCUCACCAAGCACGUUCCUUCGCCUGCAGCUUCGGUCUAGAGCCUGAACGAGCCGAGCUGCGGAUGCCAGGGGCUGGGUGGACUCCGCAGCUAAGCUACUGUAAAACACGCACCUGCUUCUACCGCGGGUGUACACAUGGUUUGCUAGGGUGUGCGCGUCUUCCCAAGGAGUCUGGGGACCAAAUUCCAGCUCCCGCCAUCGGGAGGCACGGUAAGAGACCGUAGGGGACACAAUCCCGAGCACCGCAGAUGCCGAGGUCCCCGCUGCGCUCCAGUCUAUCAACAGAGGCUUCAGGACCGCGGGGUCCCUUCAAAUGCCCCGCCAGUCCCAGGCCAAUCACCGCGUAGCUUCUUCCGGGAUCGUCGCCAAUCACCGGCCGUUGCGUAUUGCGGGUACAGAGGGGUAAGUGAAGCUUCGGGCCCGUACAUCUUUCUUGAAGGCAAGAAGCCUCUCCUCUACUUCCCAGACACCCCGCCUCCCCCACUAGAAAAAGCAGCGAAGCGGCUUUAUUUAAGGGCAAGUGGGACCAUGAGGCCAGAGAAGUCAAAAAGGCUCCAUAUUUGAUAUGGUCAAAGAAUGGCGCCCUUAAGAGCAGCCUGUGCCAAUUGAAGCUAGGUGGUCGCCAUAUUUUCUGAAGGCACCUUCCGGGUCCCUUAACCCGCGUAUCUCUGUCCAAGCGGCCAUGAAGUGAAUAAACACUGAGGAAUUAUAUUUGUCCCUAUCAGAAUCCUCGAAUCCCUAGCAGCCAGUCCCUGCUACUUCGGUUGCCUCGGCUGCGUUCGGACGCCACGGCUGGGCGGGGCCGCCCUUCCUGUGGACGACAGCUGAGGCUGGGAGCGGGGAGGCGGCGGCUCCAGGGACCUGGCGGCCGCCGAUCAGGGUUGCGAGGCCCCAUGGCGCCGCCCCCAGCCCUGCUCCUGGCGCCGAGGCCCGGGGAGACCCGGCCUGGUUGCAGGAAGCCCGGGGCUGUGAGCUUCGCGGACGUGGCCGUGUACUUCUCCCCGGAGGAGUGGGGCUGUCUGCGGCCCGCGCAGAGGGCUCUGUACCGGGACGUGAUGCGGGAGACCUACGGCCACCUGGGCGCGCUCGGAUUCCCAGGCCCCAAACCAGCCCUCAUCUCUUGGAUGGAACAGGAGAGUGAGGCUUGGAGCCCCGCCGCCCAGGAUCCUGAGAAGGGGGAAAGACUGGGAGGAGCUCGGAGAGGAGAUGUCCCAAACAGGAAGGAAGAGGAACCUGAGGAAGUCCCAAGAGCCAAAGGGCCUAGAAAGGCUCCUGUGAAGGAGAGUCCUGAAGUGCUGGUGGAACGCAACCCUGACCCAGCUAUUAGCGUGGCCCCGGCACGGGCACAGCCACCCAAAAAUGCUGCCUGGGACCCGACCACAGGAGCACAGCCCCCGGCACCCAUACCCAGCGUGGAUGCUCAGGCCGGCCAGCGGCGCCACGUGUGCACGGACUGCGGCCGCCGCUUCACCUACCCCUCGCUGCUGGUCAGCCACAGGCGCAUGCACUCGGGGGAGCGGCCCUUCCCCUGCCCCGAGUGUGGGAUGCGCUUCAAGAGGAAGUUCGCAGUGGAAGCGCACCAGUGGAUCCACCGCUCCUGCUCCGGGGGGCGGCGGGGCCGGAGGCCUGGGAUCCGGGCUGUGCCUCGGGCCCCCGUCCGAGGUGACCGGGACCCGCCUGUGCUCUUCCGGCACUACCCAGACAUCUUCGAGGAGUGCGGCUGAGCGGCACCGCAGGCUGGAGUUGAGCCUGACCUUGGCACGAAGGACUGACGGAGCCCUGAGGUGGGCACUGAGUCGGGGACUCCGGAACUGAAAUUCAUGCCCUGGGCUUUCCUCAAGGAUCCCUCAAGUUUCCAACUUGUAAAAAGAAAAGUGCCUGUAAAGAUUCGAAUAGAUUAGACUUGCCACCCCUCUCCCCAGUCUUUUGUUAAA